GCAAAAUAUACCAGAUUGUCAGUAGGCGUAUUUUAUGGGAUCGGAGAUGCCUCCUUGUGCCUGUUAUAAUACCUUAUAAUACCUUUCUACCCAAUGGGUAGCGGAUAUAUAAACUCAAUUAUACUCUUAUUUACUUAAUCAAGUUGUUUUUAAAUUUGCUAAUCAAAUAGUUGGCAGCAUAUACAUAUGUAUAUUAAUAAAAACUCAGUCCUAUUAUGCUUUUGAAAGUAUCCGAGCAUAAUUUCGUCAGCACGCGACUGAAAGAAAUUGAAAACAAUGUUGUUGUCGGUGGGUCUUCAAGAAAAAGCUGUUUGGAGCAAACAGAACAGAACCUAUUGAACAGAAAAAAUUACAGUUGAUCAUCCGACAUUGAAAUUUCUUCUUCCAACAGAGAAUCUAGGGCAGAGAGUCUAGAUUAUCAUUACUUGACCUCUCUCGUUCAGAUCUAUUGAGCGCAGUCCACAUCCGCUUCAGACAUUCAAUGACUUUAACGAAAUAACGAAAUUCAGUUCCAAAUUCAUUUUGUUUGCGGGCAGUCGAAAUAUUUAAAAUGCGCAGAAUAAAAUUUAACGGAGUUUUGUUACUGAUGGUCCUUCAAAUAUUCUUGGUGGCUACAACAACUGGAGAUGAAACGUGUGAAUCAGACCGAAAAAUGGAAGAACAGUGCCGGCUUCAUAACUACAAGACUGUAAAGCCUUUGCUAGAUUACUUCAGGCAGGUUAGAAAUGAGUUAGAACAAAGUGAAACUAAGGAAAAGCAGAUGAGUGAUCUUAUGGAAAAAUAUCAAGAAAUUGUAAGAAUUCAUGAAACAUUCAUGAAGGAGGCAGAUUUAUUAAAUGAGUAUAAAAACAAAGUAAUCAAAGGGGAAAACGAUUUGCAAUUGUGUCAAAAUAAAGUUGAUAAAUCUGAAUCUGAAAUUAAUUCACAACAAAAUACUAUUUUUAAAUUAAAAGAACAACUAACAGAUAAAUCCACCAACUUAGAAAAUUGUCAAGUUCAAUUAAAAUCUGUUAAUUCUAGUUUAAUUGAAAAAGAUGAAAAUAUAAAAAGAUUUAAUGAGAAUAUUAAAAAUAACACAGAAUAUCAGAAAACACUUGAGUUGGAAUUAGAGAAGAGUAAAUCUAAAUUAAUAAAUCAUGAAAAUGAUAUUCAGUUAUGUCGCAACAAAUUAAAUUGGACAUCAGAGAACUUUAGAGAAGAACAGAAAAAGAUUCAAUUGAAAUUAACAGAAAGUGAAACUAAGCUAAUAGAUAAAGUAAAGGAAAAUCAGUUAUGUCAAUCUGAACUUGAUAAAUUAAAUGCCACAACAUGCCCCCCUUCGGAGAUUAUUCAGGAGUUCAUCAACUAAAUGUCUCUGGCAUAGGUUUAUUCAAUGUUUUGUGCGAUAGUCAGUUAGCUGGACCUGGAUGGAUUGUAAUACAACAACGAGUUGGGGGAAAUGAGAAUUUCAAUAGGGAUUGGGUAACGUAUCGCAAAGGUUUCGGCGUUCCUGAAAGUGAUUUCUUUCUUGGAUUAGAGAAACUACAUCGUAUCACGAGCUUGCAGCGUUUCGAACUUUACAUACAUUUGGUUGCUCGGAAUGGAAGAACCUACAACGCUCGUUAUGACGACUUCAAAAUAUCUGAUGAAGAUAAUGGAUAUGCACUGAGUUUGGGUAAAUUCAAUGGAACCAUUAUUGGGGAUGGCAUGAGAUGGUCUGAAAACAUGAAAUUCACAACAUUCGAUCACGACAACGACAAAUAUGGUGCUAAUUGCGCAGACUCGCAUGAAAGUGGCUGGUGGUACAAUUCUUGUUCUCGUUGUUAUUUAAAUGUACCAUAUGAACAUCUACUUUGGUGGAACAAUGGAAUCAUGUACCUUAAAGAAGUUAAGAUGCUAAUUCGGCCCAAAGAAGAGAUGAAGAAGUGAUAAACUGAAAAGCUGAAAUUCCCAUAUUUGACUCAAUUAUGUAAUUAUUUAUAUAUGAUUGGUGCAUUAAGAAAUAGGUUUCUUUUAAUGAAUAAAUAAGAAAAUAAGCUAAACACUCGCUACAAAUUGUGAACAAGAGCAAAACAGUGCGGUAUUAAUUUUAAAAUAUACUUAAUUAAUAUACCACAAAAAUACUAAAACUAUACCAAAUGAUAUAUUUGGCAUAUUGAAAUACGUAGUACUACAAUCAAAAUAUACCAUAGAUUAGAAAAUAUACCUGAUUGUCAGUCAAAGCUUCUAAGACCU